ACGCCCUCACUCAGAGGACAAGCGACGAUCGAUGCAAGAGCAGAACUGAUCGAAAGAAUUCCGUUAGUCUUCUAGAAAUCUUUCUGAAAUGGUGAAUUUUUGCUGUGUUACGGGGUGUUCGAAUCGAAGUAACCGGGAAAGGGACCUGUCCUUCUACUGUAUACCGACGGUUUUGCAUCAUCAAGGUGAACACUCGCAUAAACUCUCAAAACAGCGACGGGAAAAGUGGCUUUCCAACAUCAAACGCGUUGGAUGGGAACCGGCAAAGCAUUCGCGUGUAUGCUCUGUACAUUUCAUCAGUGGCAAGCCAUCAUUUCUGCAUUGCGUGGACCAUCCAGACUGGGCCCCCACACAAAGAAUGGGGUAUACCACCUCCAACGCUUCCUCACCCUUGCAACAAGGUAAACAAACAAAACAGCGUAAGCGCAAGGCAGAUGAUAUCUCCGCCGCAUCGGCAUUGAUUGAAUUGAGGCAGAAUUCCCAACCAGCAGCGGAUGAUAAGCAACGGCAUGAGGAGCAUGACACCAAUAGAGUCAACAGGGGGUGCCAAACGGACAUGUCAUCCCAGGAUGUAUCUAUGAUCCAUGAGCGGUACAAGCAGAUUGAACAGGACAACAUUGCACUCAGAACUGAAGUUCUUGAUCUAAGAGAAAAAGUCAAAUCACUCCAACACUCAAGAAAACCUGGCAGGGCAAAGCUGCGUGUAGUCUUCAGACAUAAAAAUAAAAUGUCAACUGCUAGGCGGACAAACCUUUGUGUGAGUGAUCCAGGUGCGCAAGGUGUCAGCUGAUGUCAAAUCAAGGGAAAAAUCCAGCAACUCUUGAGGUUGAAUUUUAAACCUAAAUCCUUAAUUGAUUGCAAGGAUUGCCUUUCUGUAGCCAGUCAGGUUAAACCUAUUUUAUUUGAUUUUGUUACUUCAGAAGUUCAGAGAAUUGGAUUUGGGACCAAGAACCAGUGGGGCUAUUUCCUUACAAUCACAAA